AUGUCAAGCGAAUCGAGUAGCCAAAAACCGCCACAACAACGUCAAGCUCAGACGAGUACGACAACAGAGAACCCGCUCGAGCCAUUUUACGAGCAGCUGCUCAAACUUUCCUUCUCAGACAGUGUAACCGCCAUCGAGCAUUGUCGUGAUCUAUGUGCACAAUAUGGUUUCACUGUCAAGCAAGAAGCAAGUGCGCACAGGAAUAUUUACGUCUUUUGUUCUCGUGAAGGUCAACCUGAUUCACAACGCAAAAAAUCCAACCCAAAACGAAAACGACCCUCCAAACGAUGCGACUGCCGCUGGCGAGUGGUCCUUCAUCAACAAAACGGCAAUUGGGAAUUUCGAAAGUCACUUAAUCCAGAAGCUGCUUUCCAUAACCAUGAAUUAUUGCGCCCUGAAGAAGUCGAUCGGAGCUGGCCACAAGAUGUCAUUGAUAUGAUUUACGAGCUUGCACGUACCCAAUUGCCGACUGCAGAUAUCCGAGCCAAAGUACAAGCUGAAUUUCCUGAUAUUAGUUGGAAUGAACGUCGUUUUUAUAAUCGUCUUUCGGAAGAACGACAAAAGAUUAGGCUGCGUGAAACAACGGCACGCACGCGUAAGCUAUCGUCGCUGUGGGCUCGCAUUUGCUCAGCUGCCGCUGGUAGUGAGGAACUUACAAAUUACGUUGAAGCCGAGCUGUACAAAUUAUCAUUGGCAACAUGUCAAUUGGGUCGAUUAGAUCCACAAUCCCUGCAUGAUCCCGUCAUAGAAAAUGAAGAGACUACCACAUCAUCCUCAUCAGCAUCCUCAUCAGCACAACAACAGCAACGACAACAAUCUCAAUCAGCAACCACUACCACAACAACCACUUCUUCAUCUGGCAACAACACCAACACCAAUAGCAGCAAUAAAUUACCCGAGGCACCUAAAGGAUUUACAUCCGUGGUGAUUCCCAAAUCCACGUAUUUCAUCAAAACGCACAAUCAACGUGAUCGAGCAUCCAAACGUCAACGUAUAGCAGCGGUAUCCACACCCAAUACGCAAACGACAUCUACGACCACAGCAGCACCAGCAGCAGCGGGCUCGUCUCAUCUUGCACCUCAUCCACAGCAACAGCAGCAACAUCAGACAGCCACCACCCCUUUUGUUUAUCAAUAUGGUGGGAUGACUUUACCGACAACCACCGCUAUGCCCAACUAUGAAUUCCAAUAUCAGUCGUAUCCAGCAGCAGCAGCAGCAGCCAUGCAACAUCAUGUGUCAGGUCUUUUCGAUAAUAGGACACCACCUGCUCCAUCCACAGGACCAACAGCAGGCGAAGCAGCAGCAGGUGCUGAUCAACAACAGCAACAACAGCAACAUUCGGCGGCAGCAGCAGCAGCAGCAGUAGCAGCAGCAGAAAACAUGCGACGAGGUAGUCAUCAUGAUUUAUACCAGCAACAUCCCUUGUAUCCACAUCAACAACACCAUCACAGGCUCAUUUUACCAGCACGAACUCCUUCCAAUACGACCAAUGAAUUACUCUUGCAUCAUCAUCGACAUCCUGAACAUCCCCCAGAAACACCUAUGCCUGGUCAACCUCCUCCGCCUCCUCCUCCGCAAUGA